UACCUGGGGCGGCGACUACCACGGGAUCGGGGUGUCGCUCGCUCGCUCCGCGGGGACAUCGGUGUCCGGAUGGACUCGCCCGGCCCCGGCGGGAAGUGGCUCCGCAGGCUCCGGCCGGGCAGGCGGCGGCGGCGGCCGCGGCGGCAACAGCGGCAGCAGGAGGACGAGGCGGCAGCGGCCGGUCCCUGAGGCAGGCGAGCCCGGCUUCCUGCGGCACCAUGAUGCCCGGGGAGACUCACUCCAAGGCUGCGGGGACGGCAGCGGACGCCUCGGGUUGUCAGGGCUGCUCCGCGCUCCAACAGAAUUUAAAUGAAUAUGUUGCUGCACUAAUCACACUGAAACAGAAAAUAAUUGAUACAGAUAAUUUGCUGACAGAAUAUCAGAAGAAAUGUGAUGAGCUCCAGUUUGCAGAAAGAGAAAACUCUGCCCUUCGUAAGCAGGUGGAACAAAUGCUGCAAAAAAUUUCCCCUCUGGAGAAAUGCCAGGAAGAACUGGGAUGUUUGAAAGCAGAGCUAGAAGAGAAAAAGAGUUCUCUCAAGAUAUAUCAGGAUUCUUAUCAUGAAUAUACUCGUGUGAAAGAAGAAUGCCUAAAAAGUGAUGCUCGGAAGAAGAAAUUAGAAGCCAAAGUGAAAAAGCUCGAAGAGGCUGCAGUAAAACACACUGAAGACUUAAAGCAAUUGAAAAUUGAAAAGAAAACUCUUGAAAAAGAGCUCAAGAAGACACAGGAAAAACUUGAUGGAUUUCCUAAACAAAAUAAUAAGAAAGUGUUGAAACAUAUGGGGACCCAGAGUUCCAGUAAUGAGCCAAUUGAGACCCUAGACAAGAGAAAAAUAAAGCUGCUUUUGAAGGAGCUCUGGUUGUGCAUUGACUCUACAAAAGAAAGGCUACAGAAUGAAGAUGGUGAAGAUGUCCAAGUUUCCAUCAAUGAGUGUUCAGAGAUAAUUGAAAAAAAAUCCCUCGAAUACAAGAAAGAAAAGACUGCCAAAGAAAAUAUAAAAUCUCGAAAAUCUGUUGAAGGAUGUCGACUGCUACCUCCGAUGCAGAGUAAUCACCUUGGAUCUCCUGAAAUGAAGACUUGCCUGACAAGCUUCUCUGUACAGUUAGAGCAGGAACUCCUCAGAGGGUCUGGUUCUGCUGAGGAAGAUGGCCCCAUCACUGUCAGUGUGCAGGACUGCAGUAAUGAUUCAGCUUUUCAUGAGGACAGAAAUCAUGAGGUUUUCGUUCCAAGCAGUUGGGAGGAUGAUAGUUCUGAUUCCUCUGAUCAGGAAGAUCUGGAAGAUAAACCAUUCAUGAAGGACCUGGAAGCCAUUUUUGACCUCUUCAGACUUCCUCCACCACUUCUGUCCCCAGUGGCUACGCCCCCUCCAACACCAUUACGAUGUCAGGUGCCAUCAUCAUCUCCACUUGCACCUGAGGACUAUUUUGGAGAUUUUACAGAUUCCAGCGAAGAAGAGUUGGUGGAUAGUGAACACACUAUACAAUCUCUUUUAGAAAAUGGUACAACUGAGUCGCUGAAUACUUUUAACUCCUCUAGAGGGAAAGAAGAAAGUAGCAGACUUAUAGAACAACCUGAAUCAAAUCUUGGAACCCAGGAUCCAAUGAAUCUAGAAAUGAAUGAAGAACAGGCUGUUCAGUGUGACAUUUUAACAACAGAAUUACAAUUUAAGGAUAGUAAACCUAGUGAAUCCUAUAAGGAGCAUCUUGUGGUUUCAUGUGAGAGUACAGAAGAUGAAAACAAAUAUGUCUUAGAUAAAGGUGUUAUACCACAAAAUAACGAGGAGAAAGAUGACACACCGCUGCAAAGUGAAGGAGCAUCCUUUAGAGUACACUGUAUACCCACCGAAACUAAGUGUUUACAGAAGAUACCUGAUGAUCUAAUGCAAGUGACGGAUAAUGCUGUUUUGAAUGGAGAAAUAUCUAAUUCUUUGCUUAGCCAGGAAAAGUUAGUUGCACCAGUUAUAUCUGAAGAAAAAAAUUCACUGGUCAGAGCUGAGACACACAAAUCAGAAUUUACUAAACAAACAGCCAUUAGUGGACUUACCUCUGAAAAUGAAAAAAUGCUCAUAGUCUCUGAACACUUCCAAGAAAUAACUGGAGAAUUGCCUGAAAAGGAGAUAAAAGAAAUGCAGGGGGUUACUAUACAGAAAUUGUCUGAAUCCAAACAAGAUCUACCCAUUAUGAGAGACACAAGUGAGCUUGCUAUCAAGACAGAUCUUGUAUCCUCUUCUCCUAGUGUUAUAUCAUCUACUUGUUGUAAUCCUCAGUUCUCCUUUGAUUUAGAAUAUAAUAAUGAGAUUUCUUGGAAAUUCAAUGGACAGUGUACUUUAAUUGAAGUCGUAAGUACGGACUUUUUAAAUGAGACUGUUCCCAAUCAACUCCAUUGCACGGAACAAAAAUCCUAUGAAACAAUGCCAAAUAAAAUUUCCGAUAUUUUAGAUAAGCAGUCUGAACCCACAGAUUAUUCUAAAGGAGAAUGCAAUCUAGAGAAUAACAUACAUGUUUUGAGGCAUAAUUCAGCAACACCUAUGCUUAGUGAUCAAAUUACUGGAGAGACAGAAUGUUCUGAUGUAUCAAAAGUAAUGACUAACAUCUAUGUAGUUGAUCAGGCAGCAUUUGUAAAAGACACAGGUGAUGAACAAUGUGAAACUGAAGAUCCAGGAAUUGAGCUUAAUACAACUAAGUCAGAAGAUGUAAUUUCAUCAAUGUCUGAGAGUGACUUGGUAAAGAGAGGUACUGAUUUAGACAUAAGUACUUCAUGUUACAAUAUAGAUGCUGGUAUGGUAAUAAAGAGAGAACAUGAAGGAAGUUCAGAAGCUAAAAUCAAAUGUGAACUAGAAGAUAAUAAGCAAUUGCAAACAGAAAUGCCUGUUGUAAAAAAUAUGCUGUUAUCACCCAAAUUGGAUUGUCAUAGAGAAGUUAAUCCAGUAGAAUUUAAAUUUGUUUCUAUUUUAAAUAACCAGAUGUCAAUUAUUCCUGAGCAGUUGAAAUCUGAAGAGCCCCAUGUUACCAACUUGGAAGAUCUUGGGUCUCAUAUUAAAGAGAGCACUUUGGCACCUGAGAAUACUUACACCAAAACUGAACAGCAUAUGCCAUCUAAAGCAAAAUGUAUUGACGAAAAUAAAUGCCAUUCACUAAAAAUUAAGCAAAUAGAGACAGUAAAUUGUCCCUCAGCAGAAGACUCUACUUCCUGGAUAACAUCAGAUUUAAAGUCUUUUAGUGACUCUAUACCAGUAGAAAAAUCUCAUUAUGACACAGUUAGGAAAUUAUCAGCCAGAUCUGACGAAAUAUCUGUACAGAACCAGAAUAAUAAUGUAUCAGAAGUAGAUAAAAAGCAAGAUCUGAGAAACCAAGAUCAUCUUAAAAGCAUGAGUACUAAGCAAGAAUUUCCUCCAUACACAAAUGUUUCACUUCCAGAUGGUUUAGCCACAGAAGAUAUUUGCCUAAGAGAUACUUCCAUAUCAGAUGUUGAAGCCACAGUUACACACUUGGACUCUGUUUCUCUUAGUGUUCAGCAGGUUCAGAAAGAGAGAACUCCUGGGAAUACUUGUUUGAAUUCUUAUAUGGAAAAAGGAUGUGCUUUCUCUUCAUCCCUAAUUAAAAAAGAUGAAAACGAGACCCAUAUUAACCUGAAUAUACUUAAUGACAUUGUACAGAGCUAUAUGGGCAGCCAAGAAGAAACAAAACAUGAUUCUGAAGAUGAGAAAUAUAAUCAAAUUAGUUAUGAGAGUAAAAGUAAAAAUGAGGCUGAAACUAAGAGUGAAACUAAAGAGCAAAAUUUCAACAGAGAACCACAAACUCAGACAGGAAAAACUAAUACUUGUAAAGAUGCUUCUGCACAUAUGAAAAGGAGAGGUUCUUUAGAAGUAGAAUAUUUGACAUCAGCCCUGAAAGAUUUUAAUAUAAGUGUUGUUUCUGAGACAAAUGGAUUUUCUACUUCAGAAAUACUUAAACUUCUUGAAAGUAGCCGGUCACAGGACUAUACUUCAGAGAACUCUGUUUUAGAAUGUUUUGACAAAGUAGUGACAAAUAAAGAAAUUAAAAAAGAAUUAAACCCAGAAAAGGUAUCUGAAGAAAACUUAAGAAAACACUCUUGGGUGAAAACUCAGGAGGUUUCCAAAGAGGCAAAUGAUUCAGAGGAAGAUUAUCCUUUAAGAAAAGUUAAGUGUACAAGUCAAUUUACACAUUGCUUACUGGGGGAAGCCCCUAAGACUUAUACCAAAGAUGUACCUGGAAUUCAAAACAAUUGUAAAGAUUCUUAUACUAAAUAUGCUGGUGUCUCCUCCUUCUUGAACACAUGUAAUAGUGUUGUAGCUAAACAUUUGAAAGAAAAAUCUCUUUCAGACAUAAAACAAUCACCAAGUCUAGAUUUUGAUCCUGAAAGAAAGGCCUGCACUGACAUGUUUAUUAAUGAAAACACUCAAAGAAGAGAGCAUAAAGAGUAUUCAGAUGCAGCUGAGGGAAAGAAUGAUAGUAAAGAUGCCACAGAGAUGGGAGCUGAGACAGUUGGGAAAAGUACCGUUGGGCAAAAUACUAGCAAUUCAAAAGAAGCAGUAUUACUCCAUCAUAUGUCUAGCAUGAACUCAGAAGUUGUAAAUGGAUAUGGAAAAAAUGGUGAUUUGAAUUUAAGUAUCAAAGAAUCUGAUGAUUGGAAGAUUACAAAGGAUGAAAAUCUCAAGUCAAGCAUGGACCAAAUUGUAGCAGGUAAAGUUCUUGAGGCAGUCCCUACAGAGCAAGUUAUUCUUGCUGGAGAUAUCUUAGAAGAUGCACUUGAUCUGGUUGCCUCUACUGAAUACACAGCAAACACUGAACAAGAACAGAGUGACCUCCCAUCUAGUGAAUGUCAUUAUGAUGAAUGUCCUUCAUCUAGACAGAAAGACGGUUCAAACAGUGGUCAAAAUGGUAUCUCUGAUAAAGACACUUUGUGGAAUCCAUCUAUGUCUGAUGUAAAUUUUGACUCUAAAGGAAAUAUUCAGACUUCAGAGUCCCCAAAUACUUCCUUUGAUAACACAUAUGAUGCUUUAGAACUUGAGCCAUUUGUUGAUUUAGUCAAUCAAAGUAAGAGUGGGUCAAAAAUGGCAAAUCAAGAACCAUUACAUAACCUGAAAAAGACUUUACCUAAAUCUAAAGUUAGCCAGGGCAAAGCUUCUCGAAAGUCUUCAAGGGUAAAAAGCAAAGCAAAAACUCAACAGAGUCAUUUGGCUCAGCCAGUUUUGGCAACUGCUGAUACUUCUACACCAACAAAAUGUUCUCCUGAUACUUUGAGUCAAAUAAGGCAAGAGAUGGGACCACCUUUGCCUCCUUUGCUUGCACCACUGCUAGCAACACCACCAAGGACUGUGCAUCCAGUUUCCCCUCUAAUGUCAACCUCUAGUCAGUCCUCUCUUACCUCACCACUUGAUGAUCUAAUUUCCCCGUUGCGUGAUACACCAGUCCCUCCACUGAUGUCUCCACUAUCUGAUGAUCCACGGUACAAGUCUCCUAUGCAUAGUACUCCAUCUCCUUCAGAUGCACCUGUCGGUCAGAGAAUCUUAUCAUCUCCUCUGCAGUUUUGUGCUGCCACACCAAAGCAUGCACUUCCUGUACCUGGAAGACUUCCUCCAUUGGCAGUUGGCAGUGCUGCACUAGGAGGACCCCAGGAAAACUCUGUGAAAAUCCUUGAUACCAUGUACCCAGAACUAUCUGCCAGAGCAAGGACACUUAACAUUCUCAAAGGGAAUAUUCAGCUGAAUAGAUGUCCUCCAACAGACUGUAAGAAUUUACCAGGGCCUGUCAAUAAUAUUACAGGAUUUAAAGCAAUCACGUCUACAUCAACUGCUUUUGUUAAAACAGGAAGCAAUUCCAAUACUGAGUGUGAUCAAGGUAAACUAAAAGAUUCUGGGACUGAGCUUACGAGUUUCCAGAGUCACGGUGGAAAAAGACCAUUGGUGCCACCUACCAUUUUAAGGAGUGCCAAGAGGUUACGUCUAGACAGUGAGUCACCAAAAUUGGAGAUUAAGGGAGAUGUACCAGAAAUCCAGAUGCCCCAAACUAGUUCUCCUCGAGCUGAAAAUGAAACAACACAUGAUGAGAAUUCUUUUGUUCAGGAACCAGCAGACAACUCUGUUACAGAAUCAUCUUCAGCUUUACAGGAACAUGAAGAGCCAGAUGAUAAAGCCAUGAGCAGUGCCCUGAAAAAGAUUGCUGAGUCAUCUUUUGAUUUGUUACCUGUCAUUCGAAGUCAUGUGCAUGUAGGAAAUGUUUCAAAAAAGCCAGUGAUGAGGGAUCAAGAGAAAGAAGUUGUCUCUGAAUUUAGUACUACAAAGAAGCACUUAGCACAGCCUUUGCUUCAUGCUAUUCUCUCUGAACUGAAAAUUCACAAGACAUCUUUGGACCACACUUAUAUUCAUGCACUCUGCAGAGUGUAUGUUGGAAUAUGUCGGCAACUGGGAGACUUGGAAAGAGCCCGAAUCUUUUGCUAUGACUUAAUUAAGGAAGAUUUUCCAGAGUCUGAUAAAUUAACUUUGUUUAUUGCAAACAUAUGGCAUGAUAUAUUUACCUUCCAAGGAGUGAUUAAUAAAGCAGUGCAGCUGGUUGUCCGGGAACGUGCUAAAGGAGAGGUUCUGAACUGUUUGAUUACAUAUCUCAAUUGGGAAAAGACUUCAACCUUAGAUGUUAGUAUGAUGAUCUCCCAGCUACUUUUGACAAUACAAUUAUGUCCAAAAAUGGAGUUUCACAUAAGUGAGAAAUUUGGUGAAGACCUAAAUGAUGACAUGUGGGAAUAUAUAUUUGCCCUUGAUCUACUCUGCUGUCAUCAGAAAUGGGUUUGGACACAUGAUAAUAUCAUAAGUAAAGAACUAUGGCCUGUCAUGGAUAAGUGGAUAAAGCACAGAAAAGGACAUUCGAAUAUCGCAUACACUCCAGAUACUAUUGUAGCAUUGAUACUCAGGCUAAUUGCUUAUGAAAUCCUGCCUCUUCCAGCAAGCAUUCCCAAUUGGAAAAGAGGUCGUUUAGGCCAGCUAGGUUUGAAGGAAGGAUUUUCUUCUGCUGUGAAAAAUAUCAGUUCUGUGAUUUGUAUGUUCAUACAACAUUCAAAUGAAGAAGAUGUACCCUGGAGUAUUCAGUUAGCAGCUGUGUAUGCUCUUUGUGACUUGAGUCCCAGCAAUCCGGCAGAAGUGUCCAAGGUACUAGAAAAUUGGACACGAGUGACCACAAAGAACGUCCCAUCUGCUGUUAUGAGCUACUUAGCUGAAAUCAACUUGUUGUGUGCAGCAGAGCUCAGCUAAACCACUGAGAAGAAAGACACUGCAUCUGUCCAAGUGCCUUUUUGUCUUUAUCAGAAGAGUUGGUCGAUACAAGUCAAAAAUGAUCAAAGCAAUAUCAACAACAAAUCCAGGCAAAAGACAGAGACAUUCCUUACUGUUGUAGGCAAAAAAGAAAAAAGUAGGAAUGACUUUAUUCUAGAAGGCGCUAUGUCCUUCACAAAAUUAUCAUAUUAUUGAAUAUACAUUUCAUAUAAGUCUGACAUGUUUUAAAUGAUGAUGGGUUGAAGUAUUGUAUUAUGAUCAGAUAACAAAAACUUGAACUUUGCCCUUUUUGCUGCAGAAAGUAUCUUUUUUAGUGUUGGCUUUUAAAAAGUAUAUAUGUGGCAUUUUAAAUUUAAUCUAACAAAAUGAAAAUGCUAUUGGUUCUUGAACCGAAACAGUUUCUGGACUAUGCACUCAAGAUUAGAGAAUUAUAUAGCUAAAAAAGACUUGGAUAGAAAAGUCUUCCGUUACUGAGCCUAGGGAUGGGCUACAAAACUGUAUUUUUUGUUUUCAGUGGGCUUCUGGAGAGAAAAAAAGACAAAGCUCUUGCCAGAAAUUCAUUUUAACUUAUUUUCUCCUCAUUUGUAAACUUCAGUAAAACUGUUCAGUUUCAUCCUAUUGUAGCAGGAAAGGGCAUCUGAGAAGUAAAACUAAACUCUAAAUGCAGUUUUAUGUAUCAAUUACAUGUAUAUAAAAGAUUCAGAGAGAACCAGAUCUCUGUGUAUGUUUUGUAUGUACAGUAUAAUGCUAUAAUGUGUUUCACAUUUGAUGAUGUUCCACUUUGGAAAUUUUAGUGUUUGUAUAUAGAAAAGGGGGUUAAUAACUCACCAUGGUUCUGAUUUGUCUUGUAUUCAUCAUUUCUUAAAAUGCCUGUACAUGUAUAUGUUCUUUGUUGUUUUUUAUAAUAAAA